AUGGCUUGCUGGGUGACUUCGGCCAUCGGCUUUGCGGGCUUCGCCUGCCAAUGCUUCAAUUCGACCAAGAUCGAUGAGCCGCUCCGCGGCCUCGAUGGCGAAGUAGCCGAGCUCGAUCAAAAUGACCAGGACGUGCCCGCAAACUGCGGCAUCCCCAACACCGGCGACAUCACAUGUGAAAUCCAGGGAGACACCCCGCCCUAUACGCUCACACUUGAAUACUACGAUCGUCAUGAAAAACUCUUCUGGACGGACACGCGAUGCCUGACCACAAAUCUGGUCGUCGACACGGUCUGCGAGGACCGCGAAAGCAAUGCCUUCCCGGGGUACCACCACACUGCGUUGUACUUUCUGAAGAAUGCGCCCGAGGAGCAUAGAAAAACCGGCGUGGCACAUUUCAAAUGCUCGGUCGGCGAGCCAUGUCAACCA